AUGAGGACCAACGAAGAAGAUGAAAUUGAAGAUUUACGCUCCACGGUUUACACGUUUCCCAGCAGUGUACAAUCUGUUAUAGAACAGGUUUUACCCAGUAAUGAUCCUCUCGAUCAACCAAAUUUUAAUACUGUCGACUACAUAAAUUCUCUUUUUCCAACUGAACAGUCUCUUUCUAACAUAGACGAUGUUGUCAGUAAAAUGGAGUAUAAAAUUUGUAGCAUAGACAAAGAAAUUCGUACUGUCGUUCGUGGACAAACGAACGUUGGUCAGGAUGGAAGAGCAGCUUUGGAAGAUGCACAAAAAGUAAUUAAACAACUUUUUGUUCAUAUCAAAGAUAUUAAAGACAAGGCUGAACAGUCUGAAGAGACUGUAAAAGAAAUUACGAGGGACAUUAAGCAACUCGAUUUUGCAAAAAGGAAUCUCACUGCUUCGAUUACGGCUCUAAAUCAUUUGCAUAUACUCGUAGGUGGAGUUGAUAACUUAAAAAUUCUAACACAGAAGAAACAAUACGGUGAUAUUGUUUUGCCUCUACAGGCUAUUAUGGAAGUAAUGAAACAUUUCAAUAAUUAUAUGGACAUUCCACAAAUAAAACAAUUAUCUGAUGAAGUUCGUCAAAUUCACGUCGAGUUGGCUCAACAAAUAACAUCCGAUUUUAAGGAAGCAUUUUCAGGUCAGAAUCCAAAGCAUUUUGCUCAACUAACGAACGGAUGUUUGGUUCUCUCUGUCUUAGAUCCAAAAGUAAAGAAAGAUCUUCUCACCUGGUUCGUGGGGGUUCAACUCCAAGAAUAUGCACACCUUUUCGACGAAAAUCAAGACUUUGCCUGGCUCGAUAAAAUCGAUCGCCGAUAUGCUUGGAUAAAAAAGCAUCUCUUGGAUUUUGAAUCGAAAUUCGGGACAAUAUUUCCUCUUGAUUGGGAAAUAUCUGAACGUAUUGCCGUACAGUUUUGUCACGUAACUCGCGAAGACUUGGCUAAAUUUAUGCACAAAAGACGUUCGGAAAUCGAUGUUAAAUUAUUACUCUAUGCGAUACAGAGGACUACAAAUUUCGAAAAUCUACUGGCCAAACGGUUUUCUGGUAUUACUCUCGAAAGUCCGGACUCGAAUAGUAAAAGUAUUAUUCCUCCUACUUCAGUCAAUGAAAAUGCAAUCCCUGGAAAUCCAUUUGAGGAAAAUAGUGACAAACAGACUGAUAAUGAAAAGCCACCAACUUCACCUUUUGCGAAUUUGAUAGGAAGAUGUUUUGAGCCUUAUCUUAAUAUUUACAUAGAAAGCUUGGACAGAAAUCUCGCAGAUUUAAUGGAAAAGUUUGUCACGGAUUGCAAAUCGCAGCCUCCUGGUGCAAAAGAUUCGGAUGGCGUUGAAGGCCCGAGUACUGUUCUUUCAUCUUGUGCGGAUUUGUUUAUUUUUUAUAAAAAGUGCAUGUUGCAGUGCACUCAGCUAAGUACUGGAUCCAUCAUGUUAAACCUUGCUGAGACGUUCCAAAAGUAUCUUCGAGAGUAUGCAUUAAAAGUUCUUCAAAAUAAUUUGCCUAAGGUUGGCGGCAGUGCAGGGAUCGGUACGAGUAUGAGCAAUAUUACACGAGAUUUUCGAGACUUAUCGACAGCUGGGCUCAUACAGAACUUCCAAAGUUUUUUGAAAGAAGGAGAGAAUACGAGAUUUAGUAAAGAGGAGCAAUCACGUAUUUGUUGUAUUUUGACAACCGCGGAAUAUUGCUUGGAAACGACUCAGCAAUUGGAAGAAAAACUGCGAGAGAAGACGGAUAAUUCUUAUGCGGAAAAAAUUAAUUUAUCUCAAGAACAAGACAUUUUCCACAAUGUCAUUUCAAACUGCAUUCAAUUGCUGGUUCAAGAUUUGGAAUUGGCUUGUGAAUCUUCUUUAACUACUAUGAUUAAGAUGCAGUGGAGUUCAAUUGAAAGUGUUGGCGACCAAAGUGGUUACGUUAGUAAUAUAGUAGCACAUCUUCGUCAAACGAUACCUGUUAUAAGAGACAGAUUGGCCUCUUGUAGAAAGUAUUUUACGCAGUUGUGCGUAAAGUUUGCCAGUUCAUUUAUUCCAAAACUAGUGCAACAGUUAUACAAAUGUAAGCCUUUGAAUACUGUAGGAGCUGAGCAAUUAUUAUUAGAUGUACACAUGCUCAAAACUGCCCUUCUGGAACUUCCAUCCACUGGUUGUCAGGUCCAAAGAAAACCGCCAGCCACUUAUACUAAGAUAGUCGUCAAGGGAAUGGCUAAGGCAGAAAUGAUCUUGAAGAUUGUAAUGUCUCCCACAGAAAUCCCAAGUGCCUUUACCGAUCAGUGCAAAAAAUUACUUCCAGACCUUCAAACUCCCGAAUUCCAGAAGAUACUCGACAUGAAGGGCUUAAGAAAAACUGAGCAAGUACAGUUAUUGGAGGAAUUCAAACAACGGGGAAAUUCAGAAGGAUAUACGGACUCGAGAAAUGUUGUUCAGGAUAGUCCUGAACACGAAGCAGGCAGAAUUAAGAGACUGGAAAAACUCAUUAAGAAAAGAAUCUAAACUCGAAAUAUAAAUGUAAAACUUAGUUGUUUGUAAAAUAUACACUCUGUAGAUAUCCGUAUUAAUAUAAUAACUUAAUAUUUUAGGUA